CCCCACCCCCGCCCCCUGGCCCGGGCCGCGCGGCGGCGGCCGGCGGAGCAGCAUGAAUCUGCGGCUCUGCGUGCAGGCGCUCCUGCUGCUCUGGCUCUGCCUGAGCGCGGCGUGCGGAGGACCCCUGCUGCAGACUUCUGACGGGAAGGAAAUGGAAGAAGGCACCAUCCGCUACCUGGUGCAGCCCAGGGGGCCGAGGAGCGGCCCAGGGCCCUGGCAGGGAGGUCGGAGGAAGUUCCGGCGCCAGCGGCCACGCCUCUCCCACAAGGGCCCCAUGCCUUUCUGAAGCAGGUACUUGAGCCUCUGGACCGAAGGGGCCACCACGUGCCCAUCCCCUGCGAUUUCUUUCUACUCCUCUGUAGAUCGGCCUGCUUCUCUGGAGCCCUCACAGCCGUUCGCCUCACCUGGCCCCUCUUCUAGCUGCUCACCAGCUGGCUCUCCUCCCCCACCUGCCUUCCCAUCAAGGAUCCAUUCAGCCCCUGAUUCCUGACUUGGGAGACUGCGCUGGAAUGCCAGUCCUCCCCCUGCUCUAAGCCCUACCUCUUCUGGCUGAUACCCUAAUGUCUAACCCUUUUCUGGCCCUUCCUGCCUCAGGUAUGCCCUGUGGGCUGGGCUCCCUUCUUCAACUAGGGCAUCAGCCUUCCCCUGGCUGCCAGAGGGGCCCAGGGAGCCGAGCAAUGAGAGACU